CGUUGGCUCCGGCUCCGCCUCCGGCCGGCGAGCGGCGGCGGGGACGGCAGCGCGGCCCGGGCCCAGGCGCCCGCGGCACCCAGGGUAUGCUAUGACUGGCUUCAGACUCCCCAUCACCACUUUCAGAAAACUAAAUGUCUGGUUUGGACUGUGGGAGAAAUUUCCCUCAAAUAAACUGUAUCCCACUUGGAGGAGAAGCAUAUUCUGUAGCUGUCAAGCAAGUACAGUAAACUACAGAAGAUGUUUCAGUUUUUCCCCRGUCAAACUCAGUGCACUAAGACUCUCUCCAGAGUACAUCUCAGUACUUUCUCUGCGGAACAAAAGUGGCAAAAGCUCUAAAAAGAGCAGACAAAGCGUACAAGAAGAGGAGGAAGAAGAGGAUGAASAWGAAAGUAAUUUGGAAGAUGAAUUUGAAGACGACYCAAAUGUAGUAAAAGAUUACAAAGAUCUUGAAAAAGUAGUGCAGUCUCUUCGAUAUGAUGUGAUCUUGAAAGCUGGUCUGGACAUGGCAAGAACUAAAGUAGAAGAUGCAUUCUACAAUAAUGAACUGAGGCUGAAUGGAGAAAAACURUGGAAGAAAAGUAGAACUGUGAAACUUGGUGACACACUGGAUCUCAUAAUAGGUGAAGAUAAAGAAACAGGAAGUGCUGUAGUUAUGCGGGUAGUCUUAAGAAAAUUAUCUGAAAAAACUGAAAAUGAAAAAUACAAAGUCACUUUGAGGCGUUGGAAAAACUUAAAAGUGCCCAAACAGGAUGUACUUAAGUAAGGAGRGGUUGCAUGUGGCAGCAUAAGAUUUUUGCAGAAACCAUAUUUUUUUGUUAAAUAUGAAUUUUGGUUAAACAAAAUUACAGUACCCUUUUUUUAAGGGCUUGUGUCAGAAUGUUAUCUCUGCCGCGUACAUCAAUAAUCAUGCAAUAAGCCUGUCACUUUUUGCUGUUAGCUUUGUUUUGUGGUACUGUAGGUUAAAAGAUGCAACACUUAUAUUUCCAGGAAGUUUGUGAUAAAUAAUGAACCAAUAAAGACUGAUUCAAUCACAAUUUAAUUGCUAUCUAAUUUUGUUAAUCAGAAAGGUUACAUUAAGGCUGGACAUCACAAGAAGCAGAACAACUUUCUUUGUUUUAKCUCUAUAUUAAUGAAAUAAGGCUAAAGCUGUCAAUUAUG